UAUCGCCACUUCGCAAUUGCUCGCCCGGCACAAAGCGCCAUGGCUACCGUGAGGGGAAUCCGUGCUCUCUAUGCAGUUGUCGCGCUGCUACUUCUCAUGGCCCUUCACACACCAGGCCGGCUGGCGCAGGCGGCCUUCCCAUACCGUUCCCUGCUCCAGACCUGCCAGCCCAGCGGCUCCAUCCCCGGCCGUUCCGGCAACUGCAACACGGAGAACGGCUCCGAGUGCUGCAAGAACGGGCAGAGCUACACCACCUACGACUGCUCGCCGCCCGUCACGGGUAGCACCGGCGCCCUACUCACGCUCAACAGCUUCGCCGAGGGCGGGGACGGCGGCGGUGCCGCCGCCUGCACGGGGGAGUUCUACGACGACAGCAAGAAGGUGGUCGCGCUGUCAACUGGCUGGUACAACGGCGGUAGCCGGUGUAGCAAGCACAUCGUGAUCCGCGCGACGAGCAACGGGAACACCGUGAGGGCGUUGGUCGUCGACGAGUGCGACUCCACCGUAGGCUGCGACAAGGACCACAACUUUGAGCCGCCGUGCCGGAACAACAUCGUCGACGGGUCACCGGCGGUGUGGGACGCUCUGGGGCUCAACACGGACGACGGCCAGGCCCAGAUCACCUGGUCCGACGAGUGAGCGACUGUGUAGCUAGCACCGCAGCUGCACCGCCCGGCACGUCUCGUGCUGCCAAUAUAUAUUAGUAGCCUAGCAGGGUACACCGAAUAAAAUCAUGCAUAGGAGCAUGAGCAUGCUAUUUAUGUCCCAUAGCUAGUAUUUGCAAAAUUAAAUAACUUCUGUUGGCCCUCACGACCUCAAGUUUCAGUUCACUAGUUGAAUUACUACUACUACUAUGUGUGUGCAAGUGCAAGUUGACCUCAUGUUGCCUUUUCUAUGUUAAAU